AUGGACUCAGCUGGAGUCUACUUCGUCUUCGGACCAGGUAAUCCUUACAAGACUUCACCGAACCUAGGCCACAGUAGACUAGUCAGCUUGUACCUCCGUACACCUACUGUCAUCUCACUCAUGACUCCAGCAUUACCUUCCCGCAGGUCAUCUCAUCUACUCAAGACAAGCUUACCCUACACGACGUUCUUCCGAUCUCCUCCAAGCAUUACCUUCCCCAACCAGGUCAUCUCAUCUACUCAUGACCUCCAAGCAUUACCUUCCCCAACCAGGUCAUCUCAUCUACUCAUGACCUCCAAGCAUUACCUUCAACAGGUCAUCUUACCCACACUCAACCUCCAAGCAUUACUUCCCCAAGCCAGGUCAUCUUGUCAUAUUCUAAGCAUACUUCCCAAACAGGUCAUCUCAUCUACUCAUGACCUCCAAGUCAUCUCAUCUACUCAUGACCUCCAAGCAUUACCUUCCCCAACCAGGUCAUCUUGUCCACUCAUGACCUCCAAGCAUUACCUUCCCCAACCAGCUCUCCGUUCGCCCAUCCUCUUCCGACGGCGAAACGAAGCCCCUGCAACAGGAGAACCCCCCCACACCCCCCCCCAUCGAUCCCCGAACAGACCCCUGGGGCCCCGCAAAGACGACUCCCAGCCUCAGUUCGCCCCCCCGAAGUUCAAGAAUGAAUUCAUGUUGACCCCAAUUGUACCUAAGCAGUCGCCCCCUCGGUCAAGAAUGGAAUUUCAUUUGACCCCAAUGACCCCAAUGAAGUUCGCUCGAUGUCAAGAUUAUGAAUUUCAUGCUUACCCCAAUGACCCCAAAAGAAGUCGCUCGAGGUCAAGAAUGCAUUCAUUGUUGAUCCCAAUUGACCCCAAGAGUCGACCCAUGUUGACCCCAAUGACCCCAAGAAUCGCCCCCUCGGUCAAGAAUGGAAUUCAUGUUGACCCCCAAAUGACCCCAAGAGUCGCCCCCCCUCCGUUGUUCAAGAAUGAAUUCAUGUUGACCCAUGACCCCCAAGAAGUCGCCCUCGUCAAGAAUGAAUUCAUUGUUACUGACCCCAAGAAGUCGCUCGAGGAAUUCAUUGACCCCAAGAAGUCCCCCUCGGUCAAGAAGGAAUUCUUUGUUUGA